CUUGGGUCUUACUCACCCGCCUUAAGCCAUCGCCUAUUCCCGAGUAAAAUCUAGAAAACUUUUCUCAAACGCGUGGAUACAUCUUCCUCGUCGACCCAUCUUGAGUACCUACAAGUGUCUCUUUAACUUGAUAAACGCGAAGGAAGUGCCCGCGCUUAUAACCUCGACCCUGAUCCUGCACCUCGCCCGCUAGUCUCACGUGUGGCUUGGCCAGGGUACCUUGGCGAUUGUAUCUCCUGAUCAACGCGUGAGCUCUUCCGUGCAACAACCCACCCACGGACUAUCAUCAUGGCUCUCAAUUGGGACGCAUUCCUCAAUACUGAGGGUUUCAACCUACCGAACGACCAAUGGUCCGAUCUUUUACCACCAACGUCUGCCCCUCCCACUUCCCAGAUGCCCAAAUCUACCACAACCGACACGUCAGGCUCUUCACCUGAAGACGUCACCAAUUUUGACUCCCUUCUCGGAGGAACAUCAGGCGAUCCCUACUUUGACGACUCGUUAUUCUUGCCUAACGACUACUUCCUGGGCGAUCUCGACGUCCUCAAGCCCUUUGGCAACAACAUUGGCGGGGGGAGAUCAACCAAUGAGUCGUCACCCGAGCCUGCACAUGGUACUGGGAACAAUUCUGCAUCUCAGAACCCAUCAUCGCACGUAAACGGCCUAGAUCAGUCAGCCAAUAUGCCGCCAGCUCAGAGGCAAGCACUUCAACGUGCCAACACUUUCCCCAACCCUGCCUACGAAUCCAUGUUUCCCAACAACAUGGAUACCGGUUUCGUCGAGGACCUUACAUUCCCAGAUGGCCCGAAAGGAUCAUCAACCACCACCAAGCCAGGGCUUGAGAGGACUCAAACAUCAACAACAACAAACACUGCGUCGAAACGUACCAAGAACAAGCCAGAUAUUCUCUCUGCCUGCUGGACAUCCCCACUAUGCCCUAACCACGAUGUAAAUGGUUCACCACCUAAUCCAUCGACGUGCGGCGGAGGAUGUGCUCCCUUCUUGUUCGCAGACCAGGACGCUCUCCCAAGUAUCAGCGACCUUCUUAAUGACCCACAAGAAGUCACUGCCGAAGACGGUCUAGUAGAGAUACAGUCACGCCCCAAGAAGCGAAGUGAAAGCGACGCAUCAGCCAACGGGUUUUCGACUCGUCAGAGCGACAGCAAAGACACCACCACAUCCCCAAUAGACGACCGGCAACGAAUGAAGAGCGAGACGACAGAAGACGCCUCCGCCAAAGAAUCACCCCAAGCCAACGAUGAUGAGAAGCAGAAACCACGCCGACGACUACCGCACAACCAAGUUGAACGAAAGUACCGAGAAUCACUGAACACACAACUAGAUUCCCUUAAGCGUGUCGUGCCCUCCCUCCAGAACCAACGAGCGUGCGACGGCGCCGAUAUCGAGGACCUACCCACACCGUCAAAGCCUAGCAAAGCAGUCAUCCUAGCGUCGGCGACUGCCUACAUCAAGCAAAUGGAGAAAGACAAGAAGAGCCUGGCGGAUGAGAACCAACUACUCCGGACGAGGGUCAAGGCUCUACAAUCACUGGUGAAGUGUGACGACUGCAGCUUGAUGCAGUAUGUCAUGGAUCUGAAGAUCAAGCAGGCGAGUUGAAGAUUUCGUGAUUUCUUUGAUGUCGAUUUGGGUGAUGCUGGCAUCAACACAGCAUCCAUUUGGCGUUGGUAGGGUCUGGGAUGAAAACAUAAAGCGUUCCAUGUCAACGGUCACAUCUUCACAAGAUGAGUUUUGUGC